CUUCACUCUUACAUCGCCUCUCGUCUCUGACCUAUUCAUUAUUCGCUUUCUCUUUUUUCUAUACUCUGCCAUUCACUCAUUCGACUCAUUGAAAAAAAUACUUUUAACAUGAAGUCUACAUUCUUCUCAUCCGCAGUAGCAGUCAUUGCUCUCGGUUCGUCCUUGCUUCCCUCGUCUACAGAGGCUGCAGUGAUUGACCAGUGCAAGCUCUCUCUUGCUACACUCCUUUCAGACCCAGGCCUCAACUCUUGUCUGCCCUUGCAGGAGCUCUCUCAGCUCGUGACAGAGCCCGUCAUCACCCCAGCUCUUGUCAACAGCACCGCCACAACCUUCUGCUCCUAUCCUGUCUGUCCUGCUGCCUCCCUUACAUUGGUCCAGAACACGGUCACUCAGAAUUGCGUCAAUGCUUCGGAUCCCACCACAGCAGACUUGGUCUAUAGUGUUGCUAGUCUCUAUCCACCCGCCAAGGAAGGAGUCUGUCAAAGAGUCUCACCCCAGAAUGGCACUUUCUGUGCCACAGUCCUGACAGAAACCCUGACAACAUACUUAAAGAAGAAUCCAUCCCCCAAGGGCUUUACCGAUCCAGCCGUUUUGAAGCAAUAUGUCGACAGCAUGCCUUCUGAAAUUCUUUGCACCCCUUGCAAUAAGGCCAUGAUCAAUCCUCUUGUCAACUAUGUUGCUCAGAACAAAAACACAUUGAAACCCGCGGCCCUCACUUGGGCCAACGUGAUUCAGACAGAGGUUCAACGAAAGUGUGGAGCUGACUUUACUAAUGGCGCUGCUCCUACUCCCAACGACCCUUCAACCUCUUCUAAUGGAAAGAGUGGAGCCAAUGGAAAUCAUAAGGCAGCAGGUGGAAUCUUGUUCGCUCUCCUCUUGAGCACCUUCCUUUCCAUCGCGGCAUCCAUCUUCUGAGUAUUCUUUCAUGUUUUUUUGUAAUGUAGUAUUAUAUAUAUUGACUCUCGACGCCCU